AUUCUCAAAAGUUGAAAAACAUGGUCAAGAACGUUGACGAAGGUUGCCGCACGCCCAAACGCACCCCUCGUCGGAUACCGGCGGCGAUGGUGUGUCCGCCUGCUCCCAAAAAGAAGUCACCGCCUCACACGGCGCGGCAGAGGCUGCCACCGAAGAACGGCUACUUUGUGCCACCGGACCUUGAGCUCAUUUUCAGAGUUUCCUCCAGCAGCGAAGCUUUUGCUUAGUUCACCCAAUUCUUCUACAUAAUUUCAUAGAUUUAACAUCUUAACGUGGGUAGCUUAAUUUGAUUUCUCUCAAGUACAAGUAGAACAAGUUCAAGUACGCGUUAACUUCUUUGGAUUUUUUUUUCCUUUUCUUUUUGUAUUAACAGGAGAAAAAAUGUGGUACAUAUUCUGAUGGUGGAAUUUUUGUUGUAUACUUGGGUAUUCCUUUUAGUGGAUGAGUUAUCUUUGAGAUUUCAUCAUAAA